AUGGUAGACUCUAGCAUCAACAACAAUCUGUCCCACGAAAAGACCGUCUCGCCCUUUGCAAUAUCACGACCGCACCAGAGACAGGCAUCAAGUAGGAACAAAUUCGCGUUUCGUCUGUUGAAUGUGUGCGAGGGAUGUUCUGCGUCGGCGCGCAUCUUUAGCGCAUACGUGGCACACGCGCACGCCGGCGCCACGGGCCGCCCACCGCCCGCGCCUCUGCCCGAGCACCAGGCCGUCGCCGCGCCGCCCGCUCCACCUGCAACGCUUUCGCAGCCCCACAGAGACUCCUCUCUACCAGGUCAGAAAGAAACAAACCUUAUUGUCUCUGUCAUCGUCAUUGACAUGAUGCAAGAACCGUACGCUUCCCUGAGCGGGUGCUCGCGGGGCGGGGCGGGCGCGGGGGGCGGGCAGGUGCAGCUCUGGCAGUUUCUGCUGGAGGAGCUGGCGGCUGGCGCGCCCGGCAUCUGCUGGGAGGGAGCGCCGGGCGAGGGCGAGUUCCGCCUGGCCGACCCGGACGAGGUGGCGCGCCGGUGGGGACGGCGCAAGCAGAAGCCCAACAUGAACUAUGACAAGCUGUCGCGCGCACUGCGCUAUUACUACGACAAGAACAUCAUGACCAAGGUCCAUGGCAAGAGAUACGCGUACCGUUUCUGCUGGGCAGGGCUGGCGGCGGCAUGUCAGGCGCAGACCAGCGACGCGCCACCUUACUGGCGCUGCCCUCCCCCGCAUCAGCCCGACUGGCCUCCGCCUGCACCCCCGUCCGCGCCCGACUCCACACAACACCAGAGUUGCCACAGGCCUUAAAGCCGUUACAGAAAAUAACAUUUGCGUAUCUAAGCAAAGACCAGCUGCGCUUCAGUAAAAUAAAAAACAGUACAGACUCGGCGACUACCGAGAGGGAUGAAAAUGGAAAUUGUUACAGAAUAUAUAUUCUGUAAAUCUAGCUUAUACAAGCUAGAUUUGUCAUCGGACCCAUAACGCCUGGCAGUCGGGUAAGCCGCGGCGAGCGAGCGAGCGAGCGGCACUAACGGAUAUAUGGGUGAUAGCAUAUAGGCGAACGGAGCAUAAGUAAAAAGUAAAUAAACUAAAGAUGUAACGUUUUCCUCAAUACUUUGCAUCUUUACAAGAAAGAGUAGAAUGAACCAGUGGCGGACUGUAGUGCGGGCGGAGGGCCCUCGCUGCUCGUGUAUUUCUAUGUAUUGAUGCUGAUCAGAUUAUUUGAAGUGUAGAAUGUACCUAAUUACUUAAUGGAACUUUGAAAUACGCUUAGGCUAUUUCGUAUGUAUUAAGAUUGUUCAUGGUUAUUGUUAACUUGAGAUGGAAAACAAAAUAUGUUGUUGACGAAUUUCCUAUUAAUUUUAUAAUGAUUAUAAUAAAUACGACAGACAUUGAGUUGACAUUCGACAUUGUUAUAUUAAUUAAUAAUUGAAAUGUUAAUUCACAUGAUUUAGAUCAUAAACGACUCAUUGUAAGCCAUUUUUAACAUAAUUGUAGUUAAUAAUAAAAACGGGUUAGUUAUUUGUCGAUCUGUUUGUUAAGUUCUUAUUGUUUAUUUUUGUUUUAUUGUAUAGAUUGUUACUUGUAUAGCGGGCGGCGGAGCAGAGCGGCGCUGACGCUCACAAGGUUCACUUCUGCUUAUUGUUAGAGCUAUUGCAAUUUAACUAACGAAUGUGAAGAGCGACUUUCUUUAUAAAUGUAUAUAAAUAACGUCACACGGGAUUGCGUUCUUCUCCUAUAUCGCUAUUCAGUUAUAGUACAGCAAACCCGAGCGUCAAGGAAGCGCCCAACGUCCGGUGCGCCGCUGCGCUUAGAUAAGUAAAUACAUGUAUUUUCUCACUUAUUUGAUUCGGUUGUUUUGAAUUGUAGAUAUAAGUAUACAUGUUUAUUUCAUUAAUGUAUUGUUUUGCCAAAUGGUUGUUCGACAGUGGAUGCAGGCGGGGACUGUGUCCGAUGCCCGUGCUAAUGAGAGCCAACACGGACUAUCUGCUGUUGUGUAUGCAGUCCGUGUAUGGCCGCUCUUUGCAUAACUGUCCAGUACAAGUUGUCAAUAGCAAUAAAGUUCCUCCUCGAUGUCUACUGAUUUUUAUUUGGAUAAAGAGAGUCGCUGUGAGCGCGGCCAGUGGCGGGUAGUCGCCCCCAAUUGGUCGGUCGUAUCGCUGCCAACACCCGUCUUCAAACAAAAAUAUGAUCCUUUUUUAGGACAUUUAGUGACAACAUGCCAAAAAUAGGUAUUUUCUCGUCUUCUAAGAAUGCCCUUCCAAAGAUUUAUUGAAAUUUGUCCAGCGAUUUAGAAACGCCCAGGGGACGAACACACGAACGUUGAUCAAUCUUAAUCGAAUGGAUAUGGAUUUGUUAUUGACGAGCUAUAGCUAUAGCUAUAGCGACUUAGCGACGGAGACUCGCUCGCACACAUCUGCGUGAUCUGAAGCUGUAUCUUUUUAAAGUAACUAUUUAAGACCUACGUGAGCAGAAUAUUUGUAGUUAGUUACAGUCUAUGUCUAAACAUUGAUUGUCUGCUAUCUGCUAUGUAUUUGACCGAAACAUUGCUAAAGGCACCACAGCCUAUAACAUUGCGAUUCCGUGAAUACAUAAUCCUUACGUCAUGACGUACAUACGUAUGCACAGUAAUGUUCCAUGUUAAACGACGUGACGUGUGAUGGGGAGGGGACAAGCUCUACCCUUGAAGCGACGGCUGCCCGCGAUACCGCGAUACAGCGCCCACGCGCUGCCCGCCCCGCGCGCCGCGCUCGCCCCGCAACCCCGCAUCAGCACCGCAGCCAGUGCGUAGGGUGUGAGUAGCCGUUAGCAAUAGCGAGCAGUGUUGGCGGCCCCUGGCAGUGGCGCGGUGCAGAGCGCGAUGCGCGACCAUUGCUUCGCGAGAUGGCGACCAGCGCGGCCGUGCUGCCCGCUCUGCUGCUGCCGCUGAUUCACCUACUCCUACGUAAGCAGCUCCUUCUUUGCUUUGCCUCA